AUGCCGAUGGUCCGAGAGCGGCUCUACCAUUCCCAGCUGAGCGGCGAGAGGGCGGGCGGGUCUCUGGCGGUUGCCGGGCCCUCGGGCCUCGCCAAACCUUCUACCGGAGCAGUGACAGCAGCUAAAGAGUGGGCUAUAAGGAGCUGUGACAGAUUUAGCAGACUACUGUCUCUGCAAGGAGUAUGUCAAGCUACCAUAGACACCAUCUUUGUCUUCAGCCUAAUUGCAUCCUAUGAUGCCAACAAGAAAGAUACCUCAGAACUCAGAGACAGCAGCUGCCAAGUGGAACUGCUGGCUGGGCUCUUCCCAAAGGAUGUGAGAAACAUCAGGGAUACGCCAAUGCAAGAAGCCCAGGCAGAAGCCAAAAGGGCCACAUUCAUCCAGAAUCGGACUCUGGCUACCCUGCAAUGCUCUGGGAACAAAGUGGAAGUCAAGCUUGUGUAUUCGGAGAAGAAGCCAAAGGUCAAGUAUACGCUGAAGAACUUGAGAGUCACUGCUGCUCCCAACAGAAAUGGCUCUGUCUCCCCAAGCUGUCACCUAGCCACUACAUGCAAGUUUCAGACUGGAUCCCUUCUGACAGGCAAAGAGUCAAUGCCUGAGAGCCAGAGAGCUGUGCCAAUACCAGCGAUUGUGGGGAAGGCAAAAGAAGGGACCUAGCAUGGAAGACCAGCAACAUGGUGCAGCUGAAGCCCAGCCUGACUCUCAGCCUGAGAAGGAAAGUGUUCUCUGUAUUAUUUACAACACUUGCUUGGAGAAAAUGGGGUUACUAUAUAAGUACUGAGGAAGGAGCGGGUUGCUUCAGUUCUGAAGCAAAUGUGGGCAAUUUUUUAAUGUGUCCCGAAAUAGGAAGGUAUGACUGUUUUCCUAACAACAGUAAGAACAAAUAGGGUACUUAUUGAAAAUAUCCCAGAUAUACUGAAGCAGAAUGUCUGGAGUAGGGCCAGGAAUCUUAUUUUUAAGAUUUUUAACAAGCUCCCUAAAUAAGAGGUAGAUUUACUGUUAAACUAAUGAAGCUUAAGCUUCAGGGCACAUGGGCCCAAUCCAAGGUCUUGUAUACAAUUCUGUGAUUUUAAAAUUUGUAUACUUCUUCUUAAAAGUGUUCCCCUAAGUUGUAAGAGCUUCAGAACCACAACAUAUAUAGCCACUCUGUCCUCCAGCUAACUCUUAUGUACAACAAAGUUUAGGAAGCACCGUAUAGUUUGGAAACGGCAAAACAACUUCCUUCUUCUCUGCCCUUGGGUUUACCUGAUAGGAUUAUAAAUUAAUGUCCUUUGAUGUCUGAAACAGACACUAUGCCACUGGCUCAACAAAGCUGCUUUAAAUCCAGGUUCCCCACAAGGAGUGGACUCGGCCUUUGAAUACUAGAAAUUGAUAGAUGUUUUCUCUUACUCUCAAAACAUCUACAGUACUCACUAAGGCAAAGAGAUGAGAUACCCAAUAAUUCUAAAAUUAAACAGGUUGUUCACUUUUGUAGAAUUAUAGCAUUAACAAUGAGUCUCUCUAUGGAGCAAUUUCACUCUGCACACAUGGGGAUGCCAUGAGUCAGAAUCCACUCAACAGAAACUAACAACAAGGCAACUGUGCAGUACGAAUGUCACAAUGCCUGAGCUGAAACUUUUAAGUGAGGAAAACGAAGACUGGUUCUCACAGAUUAUCUAGUCCAGGAUGGCAAAUUCCUGGCACACAUGCUGCCACUCUUUAAUUUUAUAUCUACUGCACAUACCAGUAAUCAAGCACUGCACUCUUUCCACCCAGGCAUAGUC